AGUACAUCAUGUGGGUGGGAUCGUCUUGUAAUUCUAACCAAUACGAAUGAACCUAAGACUAGACUGCUAUUGUUCUAUUGGUGCUUGCGGCGGCCGACUCCGGUGAGCUGUCAGUGGGUUAGGAGGCACCGGAGCGGAGGGCUGUGAGGGUGGAAGUCAAGUCUGAAGCAAGAAGGGCCGCGGUGCGAGGUUAUACUCGCAGCGGCAUGGUCGGGUUUGGGGCCCCGCGGCGAACUGGCCGCAUGCCCCCUUUUGUGUUGCUCGCGUUGCUUGCAGUAAUCGGGCUCUUGGCCUUUAACUACUGGAAUGUGUCCGCUCGGCAGGCCGCUCUACAUGAAGAGCUUCUCGGUCUGCAGGCUCAGGUGCAGCGCACGGAGGUUGCCCGGAGUCGGCUGGAGAAACGCAAUUCGGAUUUGAUGGUACAGGCGGAAAAACACCAAACGCUUUUGGAACAGAGACAAGGAGAAUACCAGAGUAUGGGGAAACGAUUACAGGCAUUGGACAUGAAGGCCCAACACUGCGAGCUGGAGAGGCUUGGCCUGAAAACAAAUGUGUCUCAUCAGAUGGAAGAUAUCAGUCGUUUGAAAGAAAAGCUUGCUGAGCUACGUCAGGAGUUUAUAAGAAAAGAAGAUCAGCUACAUACUUAUCAAAAUAACAUCACCCUGCUUCAGGAUGAGAGUCAGCAGUGCAGACAGCAACUGGCAGAUCAGAAGCGGGAGUUUGAAGAGAUUAUAAGAAAGCCCCAACUGGAACAAAAGGUGGAGACUGUCCAGACCUCUAGUAAGGAGGUAAUAGGUGAAGCUGGUACUGAGAACAAGCUACAAAAUGUAAUUGUCGAGAAAAAUGAAGGAAAACCUGAAGACCUUUCUAAUAAUCAUCUUAAGUUUGAGAAAGAUACUGUAAAGAUUGGGAAUGAUGCAGGUAUGCCAGAGAUAGAGGACAGUGAACCAGCCAAAGAGAACAUACUCCCUACAGCUGAAAAGAAAUUGGUUUUGAGAGCUUUUGAGAAUAAAGCUGAAGAUCAGGGUUCUCAAAAACGGCCAUCGAUGCAACCAAAUUCCAACACAGAGGCUGAUGCUAACCACAUCAUGCCUGCUGCUAAAAAGGAUUCUGUGCUGCCUUUGGGAAUGGAUAAUAGCCUUCACUUGAAACCGCUUCCUCCCAAGCAAAUCCCAGGAGAGCCAAAAGCAAUGGGCUUUCCCAACUUAAAGCAAAGUCGGUUCUUUGAUGAGAAUGAGUCUCCUGUAGAUCCACAACAUGGUUCUAAAGUGGCAGAUUAUAACGGGGAUGAUGGGAACGUGGGUGAAUACGAGGCAGACAAGCAGGCAGAUCUGGCUUACAAUGAGGAAGAGGAUGGUGAUGGGGGAGAAGAAGAUGUGCAAGAAGAUGAUGAUCGUGAUGGGCAGGGGGAUGCUGCUGAAUAUCGAAAAGAUAGAUUUGAUGAGACACUGUAACUUUGGGCAUGAAACAAUUAUAACAGAUAGCUGGUGGAGCAACAGGUUCUGGGGAUUUAUUAUGGUCAAGUACUCCUUCAUUCAAGAGAAGGUUCAAGGACCAUAAAAAUCUGGAUGAGUACUAUAUGAAAAGAUAAAGGCUGUCCUGUGCCUGUUUUGGAAGAAUCAGACUGUUAUUGGGAUGAAAAUAAAUAUAAUCAGUGCACACAAACUACUGCCAGCUGGUCCACAUUUGGUGUCUUAAGUGGGACUCUAAAGGCCAGUCUCUGCAUUCAGUAGAGCUGUAAAUAAGUGACUUAUCUCAUUGAGAACUAUGUAGAUGUUCCAAAUUUGAUUUGGAUUUCUAUUGAAGGUUUUAAUUCUAGCGGUCAAGACUUUAACUAUAUGGACUUUUAAUCCUUUGAAAGGACAUUGAAAGAAGUAAUGUGGCUUGGAUUAUUGUUUUAUGGAAGGUCCUUAGUCCACUUGCUUGAUUACUCAAAUAUACAGGAAUUUUUAAUUGAUCAAUUUUUCCUGUAUUUUGUAGACUUCUUUAAACAAUUUUCAACCUUCAUCGUCUAAGGUUUCUCUAAAAUAAAGACACUAUGUGAAAUCUUCAUCCAGAUAAUGGAAGUGUGAGGUGGAGGGAUGUCUUUGUAAUUUUAAAGCAGGGUCAAAUCAUCUGUAAGCAACACAGCUUAGCCAAGUAAGUUUCCCUGCAGAUAUUUGUAUAUUGCUUGCUUUUUUAUAUAUGUAAUUUGUGUAAAUAGAAUUAAUACCUGUAUUGUGUGACAUCUAUAAAAAAACAAAAACUGUCAAUCCGUUCCAAAUAAUAUUUCUAACAAAUUGUGAAUUUUUGUGUAAAUUGUAUACAAUGGCAAUUAGAAAAAGCCACUGAGUUUGCCAUAUAAGACUGCCUUUGAUUAACAAUACACAUAUUUAAAAAAAAAAAAGUACAGAUUAUGUAUUUUCUGUCUUGACAUACAUCCUGCAUAGGGCUUUCUUUAACUAUGAGCAAAACAUAAUAAGGCCUCAUACAUUUUAAAAACUGAAGUCCAAACAGGAGAUUUGUUAAGGUAAUAUGCCUCAAACUAUGAUUUCAGUCAUGGCAAUGAUUAGAUAGUAACAGUGCAUGAAGGAAACAAAUAGAUUUAUAGAAUUAUAACAAUGACAUCUUUAAGAAGAUCCUUAAAUUAUGUAACUAUUUGUUUAUUUUUAUGUACAGAGCUCUGCUCAGCCUUUCAGUUUGGAUCUCAUCCAAUGUUUGUGUUUUGUCCUGAUGCUCACUUGGGGUGGUGCUAAUAAAGGUGGUCAAGUCAU